CAUGGCGACCCCCUCUUUCCUGCGGCUGUCCGUCGGGGAGUCAUCGUCCUGGAUCAAGAACACAUCACCCAAGCUCCUCCCUCUGGACACCAUUCGGCUUUCCGCUCUCCUCGAGGACUGCACUGACCAGCUGACCAUCCUGGGCUACAUCAUGCCUGCUUCCUACGAGGGAAGGAAAGACGUUGGGGAUCUUGACGAACAAGGGAUCCAGGACAUUCUUGAGAACCAGAGGGAGCUGAGCAAGAAGUACAGGAACCUCAUGGACACAAGAGCAGAGGGCCAGGCCAAGGCUCCCACUGAGUUUGGCAAAAUAGCAGAACGGCAGCAACUGGUGGAGACCAGCACUGACCUGAAGAGGGCUAACCACCUUUUCACCAUGGCUACAAAGGAGAGUGUUUUGUCCACAGAUGUCCUCAAGAAGAUUCAAGCUGACAGGCAAUACUCGAGCAACGUGAUGGAAGACACCAUGGAUGAAAUGCAGAUGCUGAGGACCUUCCGCACCUUACAGUUAGCUGUGAAUCUGGAAGAUGAGAAGAAAAAUAACCUUCAGAGCCUGGUCCUCAGGGAAGAAAUGGGAAGGAAGAAGAUAAAGAGUCUCCAGAAACAGCUCAGUGAGGUCAAGAAGGAGAAGGAUUACGAGGUCCAGAGCCGGAAUGAGAUGAUUGCCUAUCUCAAAGAUCAGCUUCAGGAGAUGAAGGCCAAAACUGACAUGGAGAAUCGCUAUGUCAAGAAGGAUACCGAGCUCCAGAUAGCUCAAGUGCAGAAGAAGUCUUCUGUGACAGAGAAUGAUCUGCAAAAUGAAAUUGAGAAGCUGCGAAAUGAAAUGGACCAAGAGAUCAAAGUCCACCUGGACAUUGAGACUUUCCUUAAGCAGCAGCAAACGAGCAUAGAAGAGAAGCUGGAGUACUGGAUGGACAAGUACGAAAAGGACACGGAGGCCCAGCAGCAGGCGCUCAACAACCUGAAGUCCUCACGAGCAGCAGAUCAGGCCGCUCUGCAGGAACUGGCCAAGCAGUGCCUUGCAUGUGAGCAGGCGAUAAUCGAGGACCGGAAGGAAAAGGAGAACACGAGGAAGAAGGUUGAGCAAGAUGCGCUGGAGAUGAAGAGCAUCCUGAGGCUGCAGGCCUGGUGGAGAGGCAUGAUGGUCCGCAAAUUCCUCGGUCCUUACAAAAACCUCAAAAAAUUCCUGGAAGAAGAGCCGGUGGGCAAAGACAAGGGGAAGAAAGGCAAAGGGAAACCCGGACCCAAGAAGAAAAAGUGAUGGGGAGAGAGCCUGUCUCUGCUAGCACAGCCACGUUCAGCUUGUGCGCAUUGGGGAAGGGGGCAACUUUGUAUUUGCCCAGGGGAUUAGAAAUAAUUAGACACAUUAUCUGUUUAAGCACUUGCUUCUCUCAUUUGGGGAGGACUGAUCCCGAGGCAUUGAAGCUGGCGGCUCUGUUUUUCUAGCUAUGAAAGGGAAUAGGGAGCCGCCUAAUAAAUACAAGCCUUUGUCCAGACUUUCUACUGGUAACUCUAAAAGAGGGUGCAAAUAUUGUAUUUUGUUUUUCUCAAAGAGUUCAAUGAAGCUGCAAUGAAAAACAUACGUAUAGGAAGCUUGAUGCUCUCUGAUUUCCACAAUCUUGGAAAUAUCUAUAGAAAAAUGUCACCCAGAAUACAUUUCAUUUAAUUUCUGUCAAAAGUAUUUCUUCAAUUAAAGAGUAACAGGUACAAUCCUAAUAUUCAUAGAAGCACAGUGUUGGAAGGAACCAUAGAGGUUCCUCAGCAUAGGGUCCUUAGAGUAUCUCUAGCAGAUGACCACUGACCCUCUGUUUGGAGACCAUGAAUGAAGAAUUCAGCACCAGAUCAUUUCCAUUAAUCCACUGGAUAUUAACUUUGGGUUUCCCAAGGCUUUAGCAACCUGGGCAUUUGCCCUGAAGACAGCCAAGUGAUGUUACACGGCUAUCUUUUGUGUAAAACCAAGAUAUAUUUAACAAUCCCCUUGAAAAGAUGAGUGUUGGAUGCCAAGGAAAGGAUUUCAGCUUUAUUGUAAAAUUAUUUUGUAGCCCUUAGUAAUAGCAAAACUGAUUUAAAGUUGUGAUAGAAACCGAGAUAUCUGAGAGACUGGAUAAACCUGCUUCAGAAUAAAUGCUUCUGUUUGCAGAGGCAGGUUUUAAAGCUUAAACCUUUAUUUCAAAUCACCCAAGUUUGGAGUUUAUUGUAUCACGUAUGCUAGAAACUGAUUGGUAACAUAAACAGGUAAUUUAAAAUAAAACCCAUGAUAUUAUGACAUUUAUAUUUGAUAGUCUUUGAAACCUAUGGAAUGUAUUUACAGACAUACAAAUAUAGGAAAUAUUAAAAAGUUCUUUGGCUACACUACUACUUACACUAGCUUUCCCCAGCUUGGUGCCCUCCAGAUGUGAUGGAUCACAAAUUCCCUUAAUUCUGAGCCAGCAACUCUGGGAAUUAAGGCAGCUGUGGUCCAACUCAUCUGCACAGCACUAGCUGGAGAAAGGCUGAAUUACACUUGGCAGAAACAACAAGGGUAAAGCCCGGAUCUUCUGGCCAAGCGCCAGCCCAAGAGGAAAGGCAAGUUGUAGGGCACUGAAAGCCACAACUUCCAAAAGUUCUACAAAGGACACUCAUGUUUUUAAAAAAAGCAUUUAGUUUCCUCCCAAGACAUCGUAGCACCAGUUAUGACAAGGGACACAGAAAGGUUCUACUCUAGCGUAGCCUUGUUAGGGUUUGCUCUGCCACGAACCUCACUCAAAUGAGAGGUCAUUUUGCAAAACACGGUGCUUCUGGCUAUUGCAGGGGAAAUUCAGGGGUGCCCUGGUGCCAAUACCUACUCCUGGGAGGCUCUGAGCUCGUUUGAUUAGCUGGUGGUAGAAGCAGGAACUCCCCCCCCCC